UGUCUCUUGUCUGCCUGUCCAAGAUGGCGGCGGAGGGAAGAGCUGGGGCAGCGUGAGGCUGCGGCGGCUCCGUCUCGGCACCCGCGGGCCCUGCUGCGGGGGCGGGACGGUGGGCUGGAGCGAGGCCGGAGCGCUUGGACCUUUUCCUUUAGAUGGGAACGGGGGAAGGAGCCCAGACGUGGCAACACAUUCUCAGGCUCCUGCAGGACCGCCAUGGCUUAUGAUGACUCCAAGAAGAAAGGAGAGUUCCUAGAGAGCGACAGAAGUGUUGAUGACGUGGAGCUGGCAACUGGCAGAAUACAGCGAGAGAAAAAGCGCCCUUACAAGGAUCUGCUACAAGAGGAAGAUGAGGUAGCAACUCAGGACAGUGAGCUUUUUCCUGGGACGGAACCUCACAAAAAGAAGAGAAAGCAUUCCUCCGAUGAGUUCUGCUACAGAGGUGUAUUGCCUUUGGAUCUACCAUCAAAGAAGAAAAAAAAAACAGUUUCUAGCCCAUCCUCAGCUGAUGCAACCAUGGAUGUACUCAAGGCUAUCACCUCACCUUUGGCCACAAGCUCAAAGUCUUCAAAGAAGACCUCUGAAAAAUCAUCUUAUUCUUCCUCUGGUCAUUCUGAAAGCAAAAAGGAGCACCACAAGAAGAAGCUGAGUGGGAGCAGUGGGGAGCACUCAGUGGAUGAUGGCAGCUUCCACAAAUCUAAAAAAAUGAAACCUCUCUACGUGAACACAGAGACACUUACUCUUCGUGAACCUGAUGGCUUGAAGAUGAAGCUUAUCCUUUCACCAAAAGAGAAAAGUAGUGCAGCAGAUGAUGAUUCCUACUCCUCAGCACCAGCAGCUGCAAAGAAAUCUUCAAAGAAAUCGGCUCGAGAUGAGCAAGGCUCAUUCCUGCUGGGUCAUGAACUGCAGAGCUUUCUGAAGUCAUCCCGGAAGAAGCACAAAUCACUUCCAGACCAACAUCCACCUUCUGAGAAUUUUGGUGCUGACACCUCCCAUUUUUCAGAGGGCCAUGGGACCGAGUAUGAGAUUGCAGGUAUGGAGGCACCACCAGAAUCUGGUUCCUCAUCUGGUGGGGAGUUGGAGGCUGGAGAGCUUGUGAUAGAUGACUCUUACCGGGAAAUCAAGAAGAAGAAGAAGUCAAAAAAAAGUAAGAAGAAAAAAGACAAGGAGAAACACAGAGAGAAGAAGCACUCUAAGUCCAAAAAGAGUUCUGGGCAUGGCCCUGUGGCAGUAGCAGAAGUGUCACCACCACCUCCUCCCAGUACCUCUUAUGUUCUUCCUCCACCUCCUGCUGUUCCUCACUCAGAUGGUCAAGGUGAGAAGAGGAGGAAAAAGGACGACAAGGAGAAGGACAAAGCUGAGAAAUGGGAAAAGGAAAGAGAAAGAGAAAGAGAAAGAGAAAGAGAAAAAGAAAAGGAAAGAGAAAGAGAAAAAGAAAGAGAACGAGAGAGAGAAAGAGAACGAGAGAGAGAAAGAGAACGCGAAAGAGAAAGAGAACGCGAAAGAGAAAAAGAAAGAGAAAGAGAAAAGGAGAAGGAAAGAGAAAAGGAGAAGGAGAAAGAAAGAGAAAAAGAAAGAGAAAGAGAAAAAGAAAGAGAAAGAGAAAAGGAAAGAGAAAAAGAAAGAGAAAGAGAAAAACCAAAGAAGAAAAACAUGUCUGCCUAUCAAGUGUUCUGCAAAGAAUAUCGUACAACUAUUGUGUCUGAGCACCCUGGAAUAGAUUUUGGAGAGCUAAGUAAAAAACUGGCAGAAGUGUGGAAGCAGCUUCCUGAGAAGGAUAAACUGAUCUGGAAACAGAAAGCUCAGUAUCUCCAACACAAGCAGAAUAAAGCAGAGGCCACCACUGUGAAGAGAAAGGCAUCAUCUUCAGAUGGUGCACCAAAAAUGAAAGCUUCUCCAACAGGCGUGAUUUCCCCUCAUAAGAAAUCUCCCACCAGCAACGUGGUGGUGCCUUCCUCACCAGCCAAAGUCCCUGAGACAGAUCCUAUUGAUGUAGCUGCGCACUUACAGUUGCUGGGUGAAUCUCUGAGCCUCAUUGGACACAGACUGCAGGAAACAGAGGGGAUGGUGGCUGUUUCAGGAAGUUUGUCGGUACUUUUAGAUUCAAUCAUCUGUGCUUUGGGCCCAUUAACUUGUCUGACCACACAACUACCAGAGUUGAAUGGCUGCCCUAAGCAUGUUUUGUCAAACACACUAGACAACAUCGCCUACAUCAUGCCUGGGCUUUGACGGGGAAGGAUCCUGGGACAUACUCAACCCCUGCCUGACUGACCUAUGUACAUAUGCACUACGCCGGCACUCACAAAGGGCUCUGUGUGUAGGGUUUUAAAGCUUUUUAUCCCUAUGGUUUAUACAUAGGAUUGUAACUACUUGACUUCUGUUUUAUGAAAAGUUGUGAAGUUAAGCUGAGAAAACCCUUUUCUGUUGUUAGGUGAAGAGUCCUCCAAUCUGAAAGUAUUUUGUAUGAAGAAUUUAGAAAUCUUUUGAGAUUCUCGCCUUAAAUCCAGAUCCUUCAGUGGGAUAAGCAGCCCGAGAAUGGACUUCUCGAUAUAAAGAAUAACAUGUCACCAUGCGAAGAGUCAUUGAAACAGGUGUCCCAGAGAGGUGGUUGACUCUCCUUCCUUAAAAAUGAAUGAGCAGCCUGCUCUAGUGGGACUUCAAGCAGGGGGAUGGACCAGAUGACCUCCUGAUCUCUCUUUUGGCCUAAAGUAGUCUGAUGUUCUGUGGGCAGGUAGAAAUGGUAAUAUAUUUUGGAACAAGGAAUAGAACUCAGCUCCUCACCAGCCCUGUUUCAAGCUGUUUUUCAGUUUAAGAUCUACUGUUUGAGAGGAAGACUGCAUACCUGAUCAAAGAUAAAAGAGUUUGGUGGCUCUUGGUCACUUCUUUGAGUCCUCCCUCUUCAAUCAGUAAUAACCAAAAGUUGUCAGCAUCGGCUGUCCUGUCUGGUAGCUGCAUUUGAAGUAAAGUGGAAGAUGACAAUGAAUUUAAUCUUUUCUUGUGGACUUGCACCCAAAUCGGCGUUAGCACAAUAUAUCAGCCAGCUGCAUUGGCUUGAGAGUAUGAACCUCCUGCUGAUUUUUCCAGGCCGUGGUCAGUCUGCUUUGAUAGAGAGGAGCGUGCAAGCAGAUCGGAAAAACUUGGAUUACUUCUGCCUGUCUUGCACCUGUUUUGUGAACAGACAGCUUUGGUUUCUGAGAUCACUGAUCCUCCAUUCCUUUCACCAGCAGCAUUGAAAGAGCCAUGAUGCUGCUGUGAGGCAGUGACUAAUGACCAGUUUGAAGCAGUUAUGGCUGCAUAAGGCAUAUAUGGGUUGAUUGGACCGAUUCCCCUACCUUCCAGCCACGUACUUGUUUGGUUUUCUGCUCCUCUAGAACAGGAGCUGCAGGAGAGGACUUGAUCGUCAUAUAGGCUUUUGUGCGUCUAUAUGUAUAUGUGGUGUUGAUAUCAUAUGUAUUUGACUUUUACCAAUACCUGUAACAUUUUUAUUUAUCCUGUAUAUUUCUCUUUGUGUGUAUAUAUAUACAUACAUAAUUUAAAAACGAAAAUCCCUCCCUCCACCAGCAGUGUGUGGAAAACACAAAUCAAGUUUGCCUCACCCCAUUUCCUGCAGGAAUUGGCUGUAUGUGUAGUAGUAAGCAUUGGCAUUGUACAGGGAAACACCAGGAAGAGUUUAAGUGAUUGUAGAAGCAGGCUAUCUUGUGAAGGUAGCUAGAACAACUGAAAUAUAAUUUGAUGCUAGCCUUUCCAGCCUUAUAAUGUAAAAGUUUUUAAAUGACAGAAGAACACAUUUUUACUUCCAAUGGGAAGUCUAGCUUCUGUUUUCAGGGCCGUUGAAAGUGAGCUGUCCCUUGGUGUGACUGAGCCCCAGAUCAUAAUUAAAUUAAAUCCUCAGGUGCGCAGGAGGGAUUUUUUUUUCCCUAUUCCUGUUUACCAUGUAUUCCCCAGCUGUGCCUAUACAAGGUAGUCUGUCUCUUACAGAGCUCUUCUCAGUGUAGCGUUAACAUUUUCUUAGUCACUGGAGGAGGCAGAAGGUUUUCAGACCACCACAGUAGUUCUCAACCGAAGCCUCAGACCAGAGCAUACGUGUUUUAACAAUGUAUGACUAAUCCUAGUGUGCCUGGAAUUGGGAAGGGCCCAGGAGGGAGGCAGUCUGAUCCAGCUUCGGAUCCUGGCCCGUGCUAAAGCAGCUACUGUUGAGAGUGGCACAAAAUUACUGGCUCGCUCCAGCCCUUUACAACUGAGAGCACUGGGAUGAAGGGGUAGAUCUGCUUUCUAACGAACAGAAGGGGAUCAGCUUUAGCUUUGUCAUCUGUACAAUGAAAAACUCGAAGAGUUUGAAAAACACACAGCCCUGGUGUAUUGUCUUUUUAUUUAAAAUUUGUACACUUUGUAUAAUCUGUAUCUUGUGGUAUUUGGUACCAGAGGGAAAACUUUGGCAAGACUUAGCAGUUUUUAUAUUUUUGUUAUUUCCUUGUUGUUUGAUCCAGAUUACAUUGUAAUUAUACAAGAAAUUUUUUUGUACUGUACUUAUCAAUAUAAUUUUUUUUUAACAUUUGGACUGUCAUCAUUCAUUUCUGGCAUGCACCAUGUUCUCUCCGGCUGCUGCUCCUACUAGUAUUUAGUAUUUCUCAGCAAAACACAUCCAGUUCUAAACUGGUUAAACUCAGUUUGCAGGCAGGCUCUACUGUUUCCAGUACCACAGUUCACCCAAAAUAUCGCUCAGAGAGUGCUGAUAGUUUGGGAACAUUUCUGAAGGGAGAUGCACACCAUCAAGCCCUGUGGAUCGCAUCGGGGCACUUAUCUUCCCUGCUGCCUCACUUCAGCUCAGGUUUGUGGUGUUGAGUACACGGGACUCGGGUGCGGCAGCGUCAGAUUGUGAUUUAAGCUGGGUGUUGACAUGCCCCUGUUUCCUCAGGCUGAGUGCUGGAUUGCAGCCUCACCUUGCGUGAGGCAAUGGCUAAGCCCAGGAGGAUCAUAGAAUCCCUAGGUCAGAAAAGACCUUUGUGAUCAUCAAGGCCAGCCAUACCUGUCCACUACUAAACCAUAUCCCUAAGCACUAUAUCUAGCUGUCUUUUAAAUACCUCCAGGCAUGGUGAUUCCACUACCUCCCUGGGCAGCCUGUGCCAGUGCUUGAUAAUCCUUUUGGAGAAGAA